AUGGCUCUUCGACGGCUCGAAGAUCCCGCGGACGCGGAGCUGAACUUCAACAAGUAUGGAUUCAUCGACGAGACUGAACAGCAAGAGCGCCUGCAUGAAUGCAUCACUUACUGCGUCGAUCGUGUCAACCAUUCCACAAUUUGCAACAGAGUGAAGCGAUUUGGAGCUGCUACCGACUGGAUUUGGUGUUUUGUGUGGCUCUCCCAGGAGCAUCACUCCGCCGCAGCCAACAAUUCAGUCAUCAACUUCCUCGGCGUGAGUCGCCGGAACCUGCCGAUUCGGGGCAUAGAAGAAUUUGUACAAGACGAACUGGAUCAUCUUCACCUACGACCAUACAACAUGGAUGAAGUGUUUGACAUUGAACCUAUUGGCUAUUCCACGAUAUUCCCGCACCGGUAUCGAGAGCGCCGACCCCGACAACUUCUGCAAGACACCGAUCUGGCCAAUCUGCGAGCUCUGCUUGUUGCUAAUCCAGAUAGGGCGACAGCCAUCAUGCGUUACUUUUGUGAUGACUGUGUUACCUUCAGGCGACAUCUCGCGCAGGCCAGGCCACAACGCAACCGCUGCGGCAUUUACCGAUGCCUGAUGGAGGACGUGAAAGGUGACAAUUGGUAUCAGGUUCACCUUUACUGGGUCGAAUCGCAUGGCAUGACAUUGGACUAG